AUGCCUGGGAGAUUAGCAAAAUGGCAGGUCAUACUUUCUCAAUAUGAGAUAGUCUAUAUGAUAAGAAAGGUAGUAAAAGGGAGUGUGAUAGCUGAUCUCCUGGCUAAAAACCCAAUUAAUGAUUACGAGGCCCUGGAUUUUGAAUUCCCAGACGAAUAUAUUAACGCAGUAGGUGAUGAUGCUAUAGGUCCAGAUGAUGUGUGGGAAAUGUAUUUUGAUGGAGUGGUCAAUUUAGCCGGUAAUGGGAUCGGAGCGGUGCUGGUUGCCCCAGAUGGGAAACAUUUCCCAAUAGCUGUUAAGUUGAGGUUCAGCUGCACUAACAACGUAGCUGAGUAUAAAGCCUGCGUGAGUGGCUUACAAGCUACCAUUGAAAUGAAGAUAAAGAAAUUAGAGGAAUUUGAAGAGAUUUCUUUCACUCACCUGAGCCGGGACAAGAACCAAUUUGCUGACGCCUUAGCUACUUUAGCUGUGAUGACUCAAAUGGAGGAAGGGCAGAUAACGCAGUUAUUGCAAAUCAAAGCAAGGAGUGAGCUAGCGUACUGCUUUAUGAUCGAAGAAGAAACAGAUGGCAAACCCUGGUAUCAUGAUGUCCAGCUCUACAAUCUCGUCUCACCAUGGCCUUUUGCAAUGUGGGAUAUCGAUGUAAUCGGUCCGAUUAAUCCAAAAGCAUCCAAUGGACACAUGUUCAUUUUGGUGGCCAUCGACUACUUUACUAAAUGGGUUGAAGCUACCUCAUAUGCUCACAUCACUCAAAAAACCUUUCUGAAAUUCCUUAAGAAUAAUAUUAUUUGUCGGUAUGGUCUUCCUGGAGAGAUUGUUACUGAUAAUGCUAAGAAUCUAAAUGGUUCGAAGAUUUAG